AUGCUAGGGUAUGCCAAAUUCAUGAAGGAUCUUUUGACAAAGAAAAGUGAAGCAAGCUAUGAACCGGCAAAUGAUUUCCAUCAGUGCAAUGUUUUUGCCACAAGGUCCUUAGUACAGAAAAAGGCAAAUCUGGGAGCUUUCACCAUUCCUUUCAUGGUUGGAUCUUUAGAUUUUUCUAAGGAUUUGUGUGAUUUGGGGGCUAGCAUUAAUUUGAUGCCGCUAGCCAUUUAUAAAAAAUUAGGGUUGGGAGAUCCUACUCCAACCAAUAUGCGGCUCGUGAUGGCAGAUAAAUCGGUGUCCAUAAUCAUGGGUCGACCUUUCCUCGCAAUCGGAAGUGUGCUGAUUGAUAUGCGAGCAAAUGUGCUUUUGUUUUGUAUGAAUGACGGAGUGCUUAUUGUUGAGCCAUUGGCUGCUGUGCUUUUGAACUUUGAUCGUGAGAAUAUGGAAGAGUAUGAAGAAACUAUCUAUGCUUUGACAGGAAUGGGGUCGUAUUCUUAUGGCCCCAAGAAGCUUGAUCUUGACCUUAAGAAUUGA